AGGGCGACCUAUAUCAACAACCGGGUGGAUGGAAUCAUAAGAUACAAACAUUUCUCUCUGCGAGAUAAACUUCAGAGGUCAGAUACUGUAUACGGAUAAUAUCGACCUCUGUCAAUCAGAUUCUGCGGCUGUCGCUGAAGCCCAAAGUCACAUUACAGCGGAAAAAUCUUGGAAAGGAAUGCCAGCACCAAUCAACCUCUGACUGAAUCCCCUGUCAACAGAGGGAAAGAGAUGGGAGAGACGGAGGACGAGCGUGCGUCUCAGGCCGGCCAGCUGUUUGAGAACUUUGUGCAGGCCACUACCUGUAAGGGAACUCUUCAGGCCUUCAGCAUCCUAUGCAGGCAGCUAGAGCUGAACCCCUCCGACCACAGAGGCUUCUACAGCAGCCUGAAAGCUGCCGUCACUUACUGGAAGGCCCAAGGCCUGUGGGCGAAACUGGACAAGAGAGCCAGCCAUAAGGAGUAUAACAAGGGCAAAGCCUGCACGGAAACCAGAUGUCUCAUCAUUGGUGGCGGCCCAUGCGGCUUUCGGGCCGCCAUAGAACUGGCUUUGCUUGGCGCCAAGGUGGUGGUGAUUGAAAAGAGGGACACCUUCUCUAGGAACAAUGUCCUGCACCUUUGGCCUUACACCAUCCAUGAUCUCAGGAACCUUGGAGCCAAGAAGUUCUAUGGAAAGUUCUGCGCUGGAUCUAUAGACCACAUCAGUAUUCGUCAGCUGCAGCUCAUGCUGUUAAAGAUCGCUCUCAUUGUUGGGGUGGAGGUACACGUCAACGUGGAGUUUGUAAAGCUUCUCGAGCCGCCUGAGGACCAAGGCACUGAUGGGCCUGGAUGGAGGACGGAGAUCCGCCCGGCUGAUCACCUGAUCUCAGACUAUGACUUCGAUGUGAUAAUUGGAGCAGAUGGAAGGAGAAGCACUCUUGAUGGCUUCAGGAGAAAGGAGUUCAGAGGGAAACUAGCCAUCGCCAUUACCGCAAACUUCGUCAAUCGUAACACCACAGCUGAGGCCAAAGUGGAGGAGAUCAGCGGAGUGGCCUUCAUCUUCAAUCAGAAGUUCUUCCUGGAGCUCAGGGAGGAGACAGGGAUUGAUUUGGAAAACAUCGUCUAUUACAGGGACAACACGCACUACUUUGUCAUGACUGCUAAGAAACAAAGCUUGCUGGAUAAGGGUGUGAUCAUCAAUGACUAUAUUGAGACUGAACGGCUGUUGGCAAAUGACAACGUGAACCAAGAGGCUUUGCUCUCGUACGCCCGCGAGGCUGCGGAUUUUGGCACAAACUACCAGCUGCCCUCUUUGGAUUACGCCAUCAACCACUAUGGCCAGCCAGAUGUGGCCAUGUUUGACUUCACCUGCAUGUACGCCUCGGAGAACGCCGCACUGGUGAGGGAAAAGAACGGACAUCAGCUGCUGGUGGCGCUGGUUGGAGAUAGUCUUCUGGAGCCUUUCUGGCCCAUGGGGACAGGAUGUGCUCGAGGGUUUCUGGCUGCCUUUGACACAGUGUGGAUGGUGAAGAGUUGGGCUCAGGGCAAAGGACCCCUUGAUCUUCUGUCAGAGAGGGAGAGCAUCUAUCGGCUGCUGCCUCAGACGACCGCAGAAAAUAUCUCAAAAAACUUUGAGCAGUACACCAUAGACCCAGCCACACGUUACCCCAACCUCAACUCAUCCUGUGUACGAUCACACCAGGUGCGACAUCUGUACAUCAACGGCGAGCAGGACUUAAGUUCUCUGGAGCGCAGUGGACCCACACGCAGAUCCGCAAACAUCUCCAGACGAGAGUCCGAGGUGCGUCCCAGCCGGCUGCUGCUGUGGUGCCAGAAGCAGACCCAGGGCUACAGGGGGGUAAAUGUGACUGACCUUACGUCCUCCUGGAGAAGUGGCCUGGCUCUGUGCGCCCUCAUUCACCGCCAGCGGCAGGACCUCAUUGAUUUUAACUCCCUGAACGAGGCAGACUGCGCUAAAAACAACCAGUUGGCGUUUGACGUGGCAGAGCGGGAGUUUGGCAUCCAGCCGGUCACCACAGGAAAGGAAAUGGAUUCCGAACGGGGGCCAGACAAGCUCAUUAUGGUGCUCUACCUAUCCAAAUAUUAUGAGAUGUUCCGCAACUCAACUCAGUCCAACACAGGUGUUCCCAAAGAGACUGAUACAAAUAAUGAAGACUAUUCAUCAAAAACUGCAAACUCUCAUUACAACUCGAUAAAUAACACGCAGCCAAGGAAGAGAAUCCCAAAGGUUGAUAAGAAGUUGGAAGACAAUGACACAAACAAAAAAAGGAAGAAGGCCAGCAGUCACCUGGAGGAGCUAACGUCCAAUCAGAGUGCGCCCCCUGUAGGUGAGAGAGAGGAACAGAAGGAAAAUAAGGUGCGCUUCAUGGCAACUCAACUGCUGGCCAGGUUUGAGGAGAACGCGCCAAGCUCUGGUUUGCGCAGACAGUCUGAAUCUGAGACUGACUCUGUUGCUGACCAGCCCGUAUCUCUGGACAUGACUGAAAACCCUCGCUUUGCCAAACCUAAGAGCCAGCCCGCACCCUCUCUGCCCCAAACCAAACCAAAAUGGCAGCCAUCUCCUUAUCUAAGACUGCUUGAAUCUCACACGCGGAAUGAGACCCACAAGCACACACAAAUCCAGUCCAACUACAAAAACACUGAAAUUCCCUCAAGUUAUCAAGCCAGCGAGUCUCGUCCCAGAUCUCCUCACAUUCCCUUCAAAGUGCUCCAGUCGGAUAGUCAUCUGCCCUCAUCGACAACAGACCCCUCAGAUUCACCCCCGUCAUUCACACCAGCCCAGGGCGGGACGUUGCACUGCCUGCAGAAGCUGGAAGAGGAAGUCAGUCAGAGAAAAGUGCAAGCUGAAAUGACUAGACAGUUCAACAAAAAGAGCAUUAAAGAGCGAGCUCAGCAACUGAACGGUCUGUUCACUGGCACACCGCCUCCACCUCAGACAGAUGAAACUCCUUCGCUUUCUUCUUCUCCUUCUCCUUUCUCAGUCCACACUAUCACAGAAUGCUCUACUCGGUCUUGUCUUCUGUCUCCUGUUCCUUCAGUCCAACACGAGCAGUGCAGUGAAGAUCCAGAAACACAGCUGAACCACGAUAAACACGCAGAUCGCUCUGAAAUCAGACGUGUAGAGUGCCUGGACUCCUCCAAACAGAGAACAGUGGGGAAGGUUUCCUCUGCCAUUGGGGUUAAAGCCGCUACAUUGGCCAUCUUAUAUGAGACCGAUCACAGACCUAACAACCCCUUUACCCUCUCGCUGAUAGAGGCCAGAAGGUGUGCAGAAUCUGGGGCGACGAGCAUGCGAAAGGAGUUUCCUCAGGGUCUGGGCGGCAGCGACACAUGUCACUUCUGUAAGAAGCGUGUGUAUAUCAUGGAGCGCCUCAGUGCGGAGGGAUUCUUCUUCCACAGAGAGUGUUUCCGCUGUAACAUCUGCGGCUGCACACUGCGUCUGGGCGCUCAUGCCUUUGACUCCAACCAAGGCACUUUUUACUGCAAGCUGCACUUUUCUCAGCAAAAGAUCAGCAGUAGGCAUCGAAGAGGAGAGAUCAACGGAGGCAGCAGACCCUCGUCCAGCGCUAGCUCAGAUUACACGGCCACCGACGGCCUCCGCGGCCAGCCCUCAGGAGCCGAGUCCGACUCCAGAAGUCGCCAGUGUUUGUGGAAGCCCAGCGCUCCGGCUGAGAGGACAGAGGUGACGGCCCUGUCAGACUCAACAGAGCUCAUCAACACGAGUGAAGUGAAAGAUUCAUCUAAAAAGCCCGAUCCUGCAGAUUCUGCUCCCGCAUGUCUCGAUUCUCAACUGCAGAAAGUUAAACACUCCACUGCAAAAGGAGAAAUGACCAACAAAAACAACCUCUGGAGGAAGAAAAUUCGAUCCACCCUUCCCCUCGUCCUGCUUAAGAAAUUUCACCGUGGAAAACCAGACGAUAAAACUGAAGCCCCCGGCAAGGAAGAUGGAGACUCAGACUUUGAGGAGAUCCAUGAAUCUCUCUCCCCAACAAAGCCUGCAACACAGACUACAGAGUCUGACUGCCCCCUACUGGAGGACAAGAACUCAACAGCUCUUGAUGAGAUCCCAAAGAUCCCUCUAUAUCGUGCACAUUUUCAUCCUGAAACCCCAAAACCCAGCACUUCCUCUCCAGAGCCUGUCGUCCCAGCCGUUCCCUCAGAGGCGAACUCCUUCAGCCCCAAGAAGAAGCUCACGUUGUCUUUAUCCGAGAAGGAGAAGCUGCUCAACUGGGAAUUAACCACACCUGGAAAGCCCUCAACUUCUGAAGGGGAACAACAUGACAGGACCUCUACGAAUCCUCGAAACGAUCAACCAGAACCAGAAGCUCCACCGAAACCAAGCCGUCCCCAACCCGAGCCCACUCCUCCACUCUUCGGCUUCCAACAGUGGGCCAACAGUCUCCGGAAGUCCUUCUCCGCCAGCAAAGGGAGCAACCCUGUGGUCCUCAGGAGAAACCGGCCUUUGAAAGCUCGGCCGUUGUCUGAGGGCUCCUUCAACCUCAGUGGCUUGCUCGGCAGCCAGGAGGAGGAACACAGCUGCACGUCUACGGACGAAAGUCAGUCCAGAGCGAGGACUGGAAGCGAGCUCACGACGUUACUGGAGCAGGUGGCUCUCGGCUCCAAGAAGGGCACAAAAGAUGACAUGGCCUCCUUACCGCCCAGAAAACUCAAUUUCUUCUCCUCCCUGCGCAUUAAGAGGAGCGAAGGAGCAGAUAAGAGCAAAGGAGACGACCAGAAAGACAUCUUGACCAUUCUUUCCAGGUUUAGAAGCAAAGCUUCUGCUCCGCAACCACAGCAACAGGAGUCCAACUCAUCCAGUGAGGAGGAACAUGACCCAGACUCACAAAGGACCCACAGUGGCACCUCACAGAAGAAAAAGGAGAAAACCGCAGUCCAACCAACCAAGAGAGAUCAGCUGAAAAGACUUCACAGGGCUCAGGUAAUCCAAAGACAACUGGAGGAAGUAGAGGAGAAGCAGAGAGCUCUGGAGGAGAGAGGUGUGGCUCUGGAGAAGGUCCUCAGAGGAGAAACUGGUGACGACUCCACAGAUGAGACCGCGCUUCUACAAACCUGGUUCAAACUGGUCCUGGAGAAGAACAAACUGUCCAGAUAUGAGUCUGAACUCAUGAUCUUUGCUCAAGAACUGGAGUUGGAGGACACUCAAAGUCGGCUACAGCAAGACAUGAGACGGCGAAUGAACACUGAAGACUGCGAGAAGAGUGCGAGCGAGCUGGCGGAGGAGCAGAGCCUGCUGGUGGAGAUCAUGAAGGUGGUGGAGAGAAGAGAUAAACUGGUCAGUCUGCUGGAGGAACAGCGGCUGAAGGAGAAAGCGGAGGACCGAGAUCUGGAGGGCAUGAUCCUGUCCAGAGGCUAUCAGUUCCACUGGACCUAAACUCCUUCUGUGAGAACAACUACUUUAGACUGAGAGAGCCUUAUUUGAAGAUUUUGAACAGACUGCAAUACGCUUGUUUAUUCAAACCCAACUUAAUGCUGCCUUUUGUGUUCUUCAAAAGAAAUAAACCUAAAACCAAAACACGUGUCUCUUUACUAACUGAAAAUAUUUCCAAGCGCAAAGUUGCACGGGUGAGAGGACUGACUACACAUUUAUUCACACUGGUGCAAUUGUAUUUAUAUA